GGAGAGCGACAUAGCCAUUUGCGACAGAUGUUUGGCUGAGCCAGCGUGAUUUGUAUUAUCUGAAAAUAUGGUGAAAUCUGGAAAAUUAAAAUCUGGGGCCGCAUCGAAACUGAAGCGAUGGAAAAAAGGACACAGCAGCGACUCGAACCCCCAGACGAGCCGAUUCAGACAGGCUGCCAGAAGCCGUUUCUUCAGCCGCCCCUCCGGUAAGUAUUUGCAGCGUGUUCGGCCUGAGACGAGAUGGAAAGUCACACGUGGAAAAGUCAGCCAGCCAGCGAAGUUAGCAAGCUGUCUGCAGUACACAUUUUCUAAACAAAGAAAGGCUAGCUACUGUUUUCAACUUUUGUAACGUUGCUAACUUUCUGGAAACUUGUCAAUGUCGUUUGAUUUCCUUCUCUUUGCGGUGUUAAUACAACUAACUAGCUAUGCUGACAUAUAUGAGCCACAUGCUAGCUCCAACUAGCCUAGUGCCAACCACAGUUGUUCUAAUUUACACAAUCCUAUACUACGGGCUUUGGACUGUUUGAUGGUUGGGGAAUCGUGACCUAGGAAGUUUUGUUUGUACAAUAGAUUAUUUCAUAAAAUAUUUGUAAACAUUCGAUCCCAAAACAACAAUUUAUUGUACAUCCCUCCCGUGACCAAAUUAAGAAUACAUUGUGAGUGAUUAUAGAUGUAUUCUCAUAACUCAUUCCCACCUCACAUGCCCAGGGCCCACUUUGGGUCCCGACGCAUAGUUUAAGAAACCGUGGUCUAAAUCUACAAUUUUUUUUGAAUUUCAUUGUAUUACCAAUUUUUCAACCAUCAUCCACUAAGAUUACCGAAUGUCAGUCAGUAGUACAUGACCCUUAGAUACUGAUAUCUUCUCUGCACUCUCCAGAGAAGAGUGACCUGACAGUAGAUGCGCUCAAACUGCACAACGAGCUGCAGGCAGGAACCCUGGAGAGGGGUGCGUUUGGCCAGGGAGAUGCCUGUAUGGAGGAGACAGCAGAGCAUGCCCUUUCUGAUAGGAGCGCAGGGACCUUCCUCAGCGGGUUGUCAGACUGCUCAAACCUCACCUUCAGAAAGGUGCAGCGCUUCUGGGAGUCCAACUCAGCUGCCCAUAAAGAGGUAUGUAACUCGCGGGGACUGUACACUUCUCCAAGUGAACUGGUAACGACAGUGUACGUACAGUGCAUUCGGGAAAGUAUUCAGACCCCUUGACUUUUUCCACAUUUUGUUUCGCCACAGCCUUAUUCUAAAAAUGAUUCAUUUGUUUUUCCCCCCCGCAUCAAUCUACACACUACCCCAUAAUGACAAAUGUAUUUCAAAUAAUAAACUGAAAUUUCAUUUACAUAAGUAUUCAGACCCUUUACUCAGUACUUUCUUGAAUCACCUUUGGCAGCCAUUACAGCAUCAAGUCUUAUUGGGUAUGACACUACAAGCUUGGCACACCUGUAUUUGGGGACUUUCUCCCAUUCUUCUCUGAAGAUCCCCUCAAGCUCUGUCAGGUUGGAUGGGAAGCGUCACUGGACAGCUAUUUUCAGGUCUCUCCAGAGAUGUUCGAUCGGGUUCAAGUCCGGGCUCUGGCUGGGCCACUCAGGGACAUUCAGAGACUUGUCCCGAAGACACUCCUGCGUUGUCUUGGCUGUGUGCUUAGGGUCGUUGUCCUGUUGGAAGAUUAACCUUCACCCCAGUCAGAGGUCCUGAGCACUCUGGAGCAGGUUUUCAUCAAGGAUCUCUCUGUACUUUGCUCCGUUCAUCUUUUCCUCGAUCCUGACUAGUCUCCCAUUCCCUGCCGCUGAAAAACAUCCCCACAGCAUGAUGCUGCCACCACCAUGCUUCACCGUAGCAAUGGUGCCAGGUUUCCGCUUGGCAUUCAGUCCAAAGAGUUCAAUCUUGGUUUCAUCAGACCAGAGAAUCUUGUUUCUCAUAGUCUGGGAGUCCUUUAGGUGCCUUUUGGCAAACUCCAAGUGGGCUGUCAUGUGCCUUUUACUGAGGAGUGGCUUCCGUCUGGCCACUCUAUCAUAAAGGCCUGAUUGGUGGAAUGCUGCAGAGAUUGUUGUCCUUCUGGAAGGUUCUCACAUCUCCACAGAGGAACUCUGGAGCUCUGUCAGUGACCAUCAGGUUCUUGGUCACCUCCCUGACCAAGGCCCUUCUCCCCCGAUUGCUCAGUUUGGCCGUGCGGCCAGCUCUAGGAAGAGUCUUGGUGGUUCUAAACUUCUUCCAUUUAAGAAUGAUGGAGGCCACUAUGUUCUUGGGGACCUUCAAUGCUGCAGAAAUGUUUUGGUACCCUUCCCCAGAUCUGUGCCUCGACACAAUCCUGUCUCGGAGCUCUACGGACAAUUCCUUCGACCUCAUGGCUUGGUUUUUGCUCUGACAUGCACUGUCAACUGUGGGACCUUUAUAUAGACAGGUGUGUGCCUUUCCAAAUCAUUUCCAAUCAAUUGAAUUUACCACUGGUGGACUCCAAUCAAGUUGUACAAACAUCUCAAGGGUGAUCAAUGGAAACAGGAUGCACCUGAGCUCAAUUUCGUGUCUCGUAGCAAAGGGUCUGAAUACUUAUGUAAAUAAGGUGUUAAUGUUUUUAAUACAUUUGCAAACAUUUCUAAACUAGUUUUCACUUUGUCAUGAUGGGGUAUUGUGUGUAGAUUGAUGAGGGAAAAAAUAAUUUAACCAAUUUUAGAAAAGGCUGUAACGUAACAAUGUGGAAAAAGUCAAGGGGUCUGAAUACUUUCCGAAUGCGCUGUAUGUUAUAACGUAAGCUAACAUCAACUGUGUAUGACUGUUGUAUUAUAGUAUUCAUGUUAUGUUAACCUCUCAGCUGCAUGGGGUCUAAACCAGUAACUUGCCAAAGAUAUCCACUAUUCGUAUCUGUCUCGUCCCAUAGAUUUGUGCGGUGCUGGCUGCGGUGACUGAUGUGAUUCGAUCUCAGGGAGGGAAGGAGACUGAAACAGAGUACUUUGCAGCUCUGGUGAGUAGGGCCUAAUUACUGCUUAUGCCUGUCUAUCAUAUUUUCAAUAUUACUAGAGGAAUGACCCUUCUACAAAGGUGCAAUUGCAUUGGAUGCUUGCAAGUGCGUAAGAACUGGAGGCAUAGUAAGAUGAAUGUUAAUCUAUGUUGCUUUCUGCCCCUGCAUUGAAGUCUAUCAGAAUUCAUACAUACAGUGGACAAUACUCUGGGCUAACCAGGAGAAAAAUAGUUGGAUGUUUUCAGACUGUUUCACUAAACUUGUGUGUGUGUCUGUCUCUCUCUCUCUGGUUUCAGAUGACCACCCUGGAGGCAGUGGAUUCAGGGGAGUCUCUGGCUGCUGUAGCCUACCUCCUCAACCUGGUUAUGAAACGGUUAGUCCCACAGUUUAUCACAGUUCUCACCCAUGCUAACUGUGGUCACUAGCUAUGUUUCUUUUAACUUGUCCAGUGAUUUUUCUUUUUUUGUCGACAUUUAGAAAAUAGAUGCGACAAUUGCCUGCUAGGGUGUGUUUCCAUUUAUACUGAACAAAAAUAUAAAGUGUUGGUCCAAUGUUUCAUGAGCUGAAAUAAAACAUCCCAGAAAUGUUCCAUAUGCAAAAAAAAAAGAGCUUAUUUCUCUAAAAUGUUGUGCACAAAUUUGUUUACAUCCCUGUUAGUGAGCAUUUCUCCUUUGCCAAGAUAAUCCAUCCAACUGACAGGUGUGGCAUAUCAAGAAGCUGAUUAAACAGCAUGAUCAUUACACAGGUGCACCUUGUGCUGGGGACAAUAAAAGGCCACUCACUCUAAAAUGUGCACUUUUGUCACACAACACAAUGCCACAGAUGUCUGAAGUUUUGAGGGAGUGUGCAAUUGGCAUGCCGACUGCAGGAAUGUCCACCAGAGCUGUUGCCAGAGAAUUCAAUGUUCAUUUCUCUACCAUAAGCCGCCUCCAACGUUGUUUUAGAGAAUUUGCCAGUAUGUCCACCGGCCUCACAAUCGCAGACCACGUGUAACCACGCCAGCCCAGGACCUCCACAUUCGGCUUCUUCACCUGCGGGAUCGUCUGAGACCAGCCACCCGGACAGCUGAUGGAACUGUAAUGAAGCCCUUUUGUGGGGAAAUACUAAUUCUGUUUGGCUGGGCCUGGCUCCCCAGUGGGUGGGUCUAUGCCCUCGAUGGCCCACCCAUAGAUUAGGACCUAAUGAAUGUAUUUCAAUUGACUGAUUUCCUUAUAUGAACUAUAACUCAGUAAAAUCGUUGAAGUUGUUGCGUGUUGUGUCGAUAAAAAAAUGUAGUUGUUGGGGCCUCCCUGAGUGGCGCAGAGGUCUAAGGCAUUGCAGUGCUAGAGGCGUUACUACAGACCCGGGUAAAUUCCCAGGCUAUGCCACAACCGGCCAUGGGCUGGAGUCCCAUUGGAUGCCGCACAAUUGGCCCAGCGUCGUCAGGGUUAGGGGAUGGUUUGAGGGCGGGCCGGGUGCCUGCAGACUGGCCCCGGUUGCCAGUUGAACGGUGUUUCCUCCGACUCAUUGGUGCGACUGGCUUCCGGGUUAAGCUGGCGGGUGUUAAGGGGCGCGUCAUGUUUCGGAGGACGCAUGACUCCACCUUCGCCUCUCCCGAGCCCAUUGGGGAAUUGCAGCGAUGAGACGAUCGAAAAAAAUUGGGGAGAAAAGGGGGGUAAAAAAAUUUAAAAUCAAUGUAGUGGUUGAAGUGUUUCCAUUAGCCAUUUAGACAAAUUGCUCAUUAACAAAUUGGCGACAGCCUGUAUGCCCUACCACCUAUCUGUUUCAUGUCUCAGGUAGCCCACGAAAGCCAGCAUGGAUAGAAUGCAAUAAUUGACUAAUAUUUGCCAUAUUCUAAUAAUUCUCAGGUGCCAGCGUAUUGUCACGCUCUGUGCCAUGGUGAAACUUGCACUCCUGUAGUUCUGAAAUAAUUGGAUGAUGAAACUUGCCAACCAAGCAAGGCGAAGCAAUUCAGGCAUUGAAAGUCAGGACAAUCCCUGUCCUGGACAGAGACAUUUUUAUAGAAUGUAUUUAUAAAAAUUGCAGCUUAUAGUUAAGUAAUGACAUCACCGCGUACCUUCAAAAGUAUUCGGCAAUCAUUUAUUAGAAAAACACAGUUUCCAUAAUUUGACGCAAUAAAGUUAGACAAAAUAAAAAUCCACCCGUCGAACGGAUAAAAUGUUGUCGAUCUUUAGAAAAUGUCUCCUAUCUGCCGUUUCCAUUACAUGUGUCGCAAUGAUAUUAUUUGCAACAUUGCUUUUGUCAAAUAAACCUGGGUCAAUGGAAACCUGCCUUCUGACUUUGGUCUAUUUGUUGAAGCAUUUGAUAAGUGAUUUGAAUGUGUAUGUUGUGUCCCUCAGUGUUCCAGCACCAGUGUUGAUGUCUAAGUUCUCCGACACGGCCAAAGCUCUGAUGGACGUCAUGUCCACCCUGGCCAGCUCAGAAUCCGCCUCCGCACUCAGAUGGGUGAGUGUGUGUGUGUCCGGCCGGCGGGUACCUUUUUUUUAACAUGGAUUCAAAUAAAGUUUUCAACAUGUCUGUUUUCUUUCUCCAGAUCCUGUCGUGCCUCUCCACUCUUUUGAGGAAGCAGGAUGUUACAGUGUGGAGUUACCCGUCUACUCUGCAGACAUACCACGGUCUACUCAGCUUCACUGUCCACAGCAAGCCCAAGGUAUGCACACGGACGCACACACAGUACUUUAUAUUCACAAAAAUGUGGUACUAAAUAGUUUACACUCUCCACCUCAGAUCCGUAAAGCAGCGCAGCAUGGUGUUUGUUCCAUCCUGAGAGGCGGUGACUUACUGUUUACAGACAACGCCCCGACCCACCACCCGGCUGCUGCGACAGCCGCCAAGUUCUGCAUCAAAGAGAUCGAACAGGCAGGAGGUACAACCCCCAACCUUUUAAAUAAUUUUUUUGGUCCGUGUUUUUAUUUGAACGCAUAGAGGCAACGAUUUACGUCUAUAAUUUGUAUUUGUUAUGAGGUCCGUUGUUUUAACUCCGUACUCUCAAAGCUUUGACUGACAGGGCUUGCAGCUUGUGAUUAUGCUACUGCAACACUGUCUUUAAGAAGGUCUGAAACCAAGCUAGAGGACUCAAAUCUCCCCUACAUUACCCUUGAAUUAAGCUUCUCUGUAUUUGUUUUUUUUAUUCAGGCAGUAAGGAGGACACCACCACCCUGCACGUCCUGGGCCUCCUGAAGGACCUCAUGGUCACCUUCCCUCUCAAUGCCGUCAAGUCCUGCUGUGAGACUCUGCUCAGGGUGAUGACCCUCAGCCACGUGGUGAGAACACACACACACACACACACACACACACACACACACACACACCUUCCCAAAUUGACCUCUCCCCGCUUUCUCUCUCUCUAGUUGGUGACAGCAUGUGCCAUGCAGGUCUUCCAUAAGCUGUUCAGUGGGAAACCCAACCCUGCUACCCUGUCUGCUGAACUCAACGCUCAGAUUAUCACGGUAAGGUCACAAAGCUAAAGUCACAGCCUGGGGUCCAAAAACACCACCACAUAUUCAUACCCCCAUUACACUGUAAACCUGUGCUGAAAAGGGUUUCAUGGGUUAACAGUAUUAUGUUCUCUCUCUGUUCAGGCCCUGUAUGACUACCUGCCCAGUGAGAAUGACUUGCAGCCUCUACUAGCCUGGCUGGCUGUCAUGGAGAAAGCCCACGUUCACCUGGCCAGGUAGCGUACUGCACCCAGGAGUGUACACUACACCAGAGUACACUACCCCUGCAGCAGUAAAGACGAAUUCUUAUUUUUAAUUAACUGAAUGUUCACGCUCUCACCUCUCUCUCUCUCUCUCUCUCUCUCUCUCUCUCUCUCUCUUCAGUGUUCAGUCGUCUCUAAGUCUGGGGCAUCUCCCUCGUCUCUUCUCCACGGCCAUGUCCUGCCUCCUGUCACCUCACACACAGGUCGUCUCUGCUGCCACCAAUACACUCAAGGUAACACACUUCAAGCUCACCACUUUCUUUACACCUACCCUGUUAAGUGGCCCUAACUGUGCGUGUAUGCUGUAGACUCUGCUGUCGGAGUGUGUGGCUCCUCGCAUGGAGGAGAUCGGCCCCGUCAGCCCCACCGCUUCCUCUGGAAACCCUUCCUACGUCUGCAAGAUGUUCCGGUGAGAACACACACACACACACUCACCUAGGGAUAGUGCGCUUGCUCUCUCUCGCGCUCGCUCAGUAGGGCUGGGUGAUAUGGCCUAAAAAAAUCAUUUCUCAAUUAUUUUUUACUAAUUUAUGGGCGACGGUAUCUCUUUUUUUGUGGCUAAAUGCGCUUUGUUGCACAAUUUAAAGGUAUUUUGGGAAUAAUCUAAUGAAUUCAGGGCUUGUGAAGUUAUACCCAGGCUAAAUAUAAGACUUCAACCAUAAGACCCACUAAUAAUGUAAUUAUUAUAUCAAAAUAGUUUAACCUGUUUAUUUUUUUUGCAAUAGUCACUGAUCUAGUUUUUAAGUCUGUCUAUGAAAAUGACAUUUUUGUUACAAGUGUAACUCUAGAACCCAUAAGCACUAUCUAAUAAUCGACCAACUUGGACUAGGCGCUAUAAAAUAGAACAGUUGACACAACAAUCUCUCCAGACAGCUCCAUGUGAGACCAUCUUAAUCUUUAAUAUUUAAGUCUACAGAGCACACAUUGGCAUCAUAUUUGUUCUAACAAGUGAAUCGAACCACAACCGGUUGACGCAUGCUAUAAAAUACACCCUCGCCUGUCUCCAACUCUAGACACGCCAUUCCGGGGUUCACUUUGUUUAGAUGUUGAAAUCAAAUGGCCUACCUGGAUAAGUUGCCAAUUUCUUAUACAAAUACAUAUUUUUAUGCACAUUUAUAAAACACAGACUACCGCGCGCGCGACAGAAAUUGAGGAUUGAUUUUCCGCAAUCAUGUUCAUUGAUACUCCCGUCUUAGUAGACUCUGCUCAGUUCUACAUUUUGGGAGUUGAUACAUAAAAAGGAUAUUGUUACAUAGGUCAAGUUUUCCUCUAUUACAGUAAAAUAAUGUCUCCAAUGUGUUUCGGUGUCCAUGUGACCGAUUUUUAUGUCGGACCAAGCCUCAAAUGCAAAUAGCGAGUGGAAACAGAGGAAGAAGUGAUCUUUCGUCUCUUUGUUGUGAGUGGCAGGGGGAGGGGCUCGGUGUCUGCUAGUGGGAAGGUGCACCGAAGGAGACAAGACAAAAACAACAACCUUGAUUCUUGCGAUACAGGCAUUUGGAACAUCGCGCUAAAACAAAUUCGAUAUCGCUCUCACUCACUGACUCACACAGGGGUCAAGGCAUAAUUAGGAGUUUAUAUAUAGAUAUACAUAUUUGUUUGAUAUCCAGUUUUAAGCUGCCUCUCUGUGUAUUGUAGUAUCGUGGAGGAGGGUCUGUCGUAUCGCUUCCACGCCUCCUGGCCGUUCGUUCUGCAGGUGCUGGGCUGCUUCUACAGAGCAGCAGGGAAACACACUCACCCCGUCAUGACCAAGGUAACACACACCCCGACAGGACCAAGUUAACAUACACACAAAGUGGCUUUGUCAUGCCCAAAUACUUACCACUUGUUAUGGAAGUUGGAACUGGACAAUCAUUUGAACUUUGUGUUUCUCCCAGUCUCUCCAGUCUCUAGCGGACCUGCGCUCCACCCCUCGGUUCCCGUUCUGUGGUGAGCUGGACCUGGCAGUAGGUGGUGCUGUAGAGAGCAUGGGACCUGAAGUACUGCUGACCGCUGUACCACUCAACAUCACUGGACUGGAGUACGUCUGCUACUAGCUACUGUUAUUACUGUUUGUUACUAAAAGUUACAGCUGUUUAUUACUUUAGUGGAUUGUAUUAAUUAGUUUUUUUGAAGGUUCAUUUGGAUUGUGUGUUUUCAUAGUUGACCAGUUUAAUAAUUGUGUGUGUGUGUGUGUUGGCAGAGACAAUCUGGAGUUCCCUCGUAGUUGGUUGAUCCCCGUCAUACGUGAUCACGUUAAGAACACGCACCUGGCUUACUACACAGCAUAUCUCCUGCCGCUCGCUGCCACGCUCCGACAGAGAGGUAAAUAAUGGUUAGUGUGUGUGAAUGGGUGUAAGCGUAAACAAUGUAUCGCUCAUUUCUAUGCCUGUCUGUGUGUUGUAGCUGAGGACCUGGAGAAGGCUGGACAGAAACUAGAGGCUAAAGUCUACAAGACUCUCCAGCUGCAGGUAAGAAACCUAGAUUAGGUCUCCAUACUGUGAGGGCGUUUCGUCUUAUCUGUCAUUUAUACCACGGCGUUGUUGAAUACUCGAUUCUGAUUGGCUAGAAAGGGAUUCUAGAGUGGGCAUUAAUACCAGAUGUUGGAAAAGAUAUUGGACAUCUCUGAAGUAGUUCCAACAAUAGGCACCUUUUUACUGUUCUAAAUCACUCCACCAUGCAGACCUUACUUGCUACGAAGUUGCAGAAAGCUAAUCCAACAACUACACAAACUGAAAAUGGAUACAUUGGAAACGCAGGUCCAACAACGAAAAAGCAUUGAUUUGUUUUUAGUGACUUAUUUUUUACAGCAUCUGAUGACUUAAGGUAGUGAGCUUUGAACAUUAAUUUCUCCGGUCUCUCUUUUACUAUGGAGCAGUCAUGAUGCAAGUGAUGCUCGUGCUAUUAUACUCCAACAUGUUUUUUCGUUUGACCAGCUGUUUUCAGUAACUGGUAUUGUUGAAUUUGGUUGUCAUAUUGGUAGAUUUGCUAGCAACAAACAAUUUUGCUAGCUUCUAGCCCAGUGUUUGAUUUGCAAUGCGAUGUACUGUAAUGAACAGUGUCCUGACUCCUGACGAGACAGCUACUUUUUCUGUGCCAGGCGGAAUCGUGCAUCAUCAGCAUAGGCUACUUGUUAUGGAUGUAUCCAAAUAAAUGUCACUAGAAAACCGCUUAAGCAAAUGCUGUUAAUCUAGCGUCACUGUUUGACGUGACUGCGUUAGCCGUAGUUGGCUAGCUAGAAGGCAAUGGAUAAAAAUGUUUCCCGUUUGCAUAGCAAUCGAACAAAUAGAAUGAACUACUGGUGCACGUCUCUAGCAACCUUACCAAAAUAACAAACGACCAGUCCGCUUCUCUAGCAACCUAACCGAUGGAAUGAACAACCAGGUUUAGAUGAAAUGGUAUGAAUUACUACAAACUAAAAAUACGAUGAAACAUUCAUUGACGUAAAUUUGUGCUUUGUAUUGUUUCUUUGUCUGUGGAUAAAGCCCGCUCAAAAUGAUCUGGACUCCUCCGCUCGCCAUUAUUCCAGAUGAUCUUUAUUAUUAUUUAUGUAACUAUUUACCAGUAAACAGUUGAGAACAAUUCUCAUUUACAACUGCGACUGGCAACUAAGCAUAGGUCGAUAAAAACACAACACAGAGUUACAAGGGGUAAACAAAACAAAGCAAAUACAACAAAUCAUAUUAAAGUUGUGCAUGCAAUGGAGAAGCCAUAAUAGGCUAUGUGCAAAUCAUUAACGUAGUAUACAUGGCUAAAUGUGCAGAGAUGAUGCAUAGAUAUCUGGGUACAAUGAGCAAAGAAUAACAAUAGGGAGAGUAGUGGCGGCUAUGUCAAGUGUCCGUGUUUAUCCCUUACAUAUCUACCAGACUCAGGUGUUGUCUCUCUCCUUGCAUCCCUGUCAAAUCUAUUGUGUACUUCCUGUCAUAGCUGUACUAUUCCUACUUUGGCCAUACACAUUUAAUGACAUGUUUAACAGAUGCCCCUCAUUUUUCAGUAAAGUGAUACAGAACCUUCUCAGAUUGUGGCUGAACUAUGCCUCUUACAUUUACAUUUUAGUUAUUUAGCAGACGCUCUUAUCCAGAGCGACUUACAGGAGCAAUUAGGGUUAAGUGCCUUGCUCAAGGGCACAUCGACAGCUUUUUCACCUAGUCAGCUCGGGGAUUAGAACCAGCGACCUUUCGGUUACUGGCACAACGCUCUUAACCACUAAGUUACCUGCCGCCCCAAGGCUCAAAUCUCUUGAUUAGGUUGCUAGAUUUUGACUAGAAAGUUGUAUUUUAUUCGCUCACCUCACCAAACAAAAACAGACAUUUAAUACAAUUUGUAUGGCCUUCGGUGUUCUAAUACUGAGGUGUGUGUGCAUCCCUGUCACAUCUGCACCAUGAUAAUUAUUCACUAUUUUUUAUAAAGUGUUUCAUUUCUCCCUGUGAUAUUGUGUGUUCUGUGAUAGUGUUUCCAUUUCUGGACCGUACUCACUGGUGUUGUGUGUUUCUGCUCUCGUCAGAUCUGGACCAUGCUGCCAGGGUUCUGUGUGGGUCCCUUGGACCUGCUGGUGUCAUUUAAAGGCGUAGCAAGGGCACUGGGCAUGGCCAUCAACGAACGGCCCGACCUACGACUGACCAUCUGCCAGGCCAUACGCACACUCAUCACCAAAAGCUGUAACACCGGUACACACACACAAACAUGCACACACAAACAUGCACACACUUGCACAUGCAUGAACUAACCAGGUAUUGAACCAAGGUUAUCUGCAUGGCUCAAAACCGCAUUAGUCCACUGGACUUAAAGCCUAGGCAUUAGCUCUUCAAGUUGCUCAUCACGUGAUGAUGAUGAUCCAGGCUCUGUCGUAGCCGGCCACGACCGGGAGACCCAUGGGGCGGCGCACAAUUGGCCCAGCGUCGUCCAGGGUAGGGGAGGGAAUGGCCGGCAGGGAUGUAGAGCAUGGCGUUUGCAACGCCAGGGUUGUGGGUUCGAUUCCCACGCGGGGCCAGUAUGAAAAAUAAAAAGAUAAUGUAAGUCGCUCUGGAUAAGAGCGUCUGCUAAAUGACUAAAAUGUAAAUGUAAUGAUGGUUCACAGAACCUCCUCUAUUACACACACACACAGGCUAUGUAGGUCAGUCACUAAACACUAAACCCUCCUCUGCUAUGUUGCCCCCUGUAGAAGAGGAGAAGGUGGAGGUGGGGCGUUUUGCUAAGAACUUCCUGCCUAUCCUGUUCAACGUGUUCAGUCAGCAGCCUGCUCCUGGAGACAUUGCCCCCUACAGGAUGGCUGUCCUAGACACCAUUAAAGUCUACCUGACUGUCACAGACCCACAGGUACACACUCUGGCUCCUUAAUAAUAAUAAUAAUAAAACAAUUAUUUUUCUGCUUUCCUCACCUUCUCCAAAACGCAAUGGAGGACAAGAUCCACAAUUCCUCUCCUCUGACUUCUCCUCCCCUGAGUUUUGAGAAGGCGAGUAGAGAAGAUGCAAGGAAUGUAGGAAAUACUAAUUGAGAGAGCCUCUUUCAUGCUCAUUCAUUUACACACACCAUGCCUCAACAAAAAUGCCUAACAGAAAUGUAUGUUUUGUCUCCCCCUGGUGGUGUAAUGUUGUAUAUCUCUCAGAUGGUGUGUACCUUCCUGUCAAAAGCUACAGAAAGACUCAGCAGCCCAGACAGCACUGAGUUCAUACGGUAGGAAUAUGCUUAGUUAGUUGUGUUUGGUGUGAAUUACAUGAUUACAUUUCUGUAUUACAAUUGAAUUGCCAAUUACAUUAAUGUACAAUGCCAAGACAAAUUCCUAUCAACAUUGCAAAAAGUUUCUGAAUCUUACAUCUGUCCCCCCCCCCCCAGGUUGUCGGUCAUGGACCUGAUGGUUGCCAUGGCACCCUGUGUAGAUGAGGUCACCAUGAGUCAGACCUUUGAGUUGAUUCGGCCAUACCUGGAGGUUAGGACACAACAUUUUGACUGCGCAAGGAUGUGGAGAUGUUUUCAAAACCAGCCAUAUUGUUCUAAAUACUAAACACAUCACUUUUAAAAGUGCAUAAUAUAUUGUUUAGAUUACCAGGAGUUGCAUAACAAUUUUCUCACAGCUCAUACAUCUUUCCCUUUCUGAUUUUGUGUGUAGAAUAAGGAGCCACACAUGCAGAAGAAGGCGUACCGCGUGUUGGAGGAGAUGUGCGGUGGAGAGAGGGAGGAGUGUAGAUCUUUCGUUCUCUCUCACCUAGAGACGCUCAAACACGUUCUGCUGGGGACACUAAAGAAUGCGUCCUCUCCAGCCAAGAGGGUAAGACGUGUGUGUGUGUGCGUUCCUCGACCUUACUGAGUGCAAGGAUAGCUCAACCAGCUUCAUUUUGUCUAACUCUCCCUCUUUCCUUCCCUUUUCCUCUCUCAGCCCAGACUAAAGUGUCUGAUCCACAUUGUGAAGCAGCUGAGUGAAGAACACAGAGACUUCAUCACUGCCCUGCUACCAGAGGUAUACGCAUGCGCACACACGUACACGUACUCACGUUAGCACUCGCACACUUACACUGUUCUAUAACUCUCUCCUAGGUGAUCAUAUGUACUAAAGAGGUGUCAGUAGGAGCUCGAAAGAAUGCCUACACUCUACUGGUGGAGAUAGGAAACGCCUUUAUCAGGUUCUGUGGAGAUGCCAAAGGUAAGGAUUACUCGACCAGAGGCUUUGGUUAGGCUUACAUAUCCUCUAGAUUCUUACUAUCAUGGAGAGUUACUCCCGAUCCUUCUGUCCCUGUCUCUCUGUAGAAGCCUUGGAGCAGUACCUACUGUUGGUGUACGUGGGGCUGACCGGCUCUGUCACGAUGAUCACGUGUACAGUCCUGGCUCUCACCAGACUGGUCUUUGAGUACAAAGGUAAACCAACUCUAUUGCCCUUACACUCGCAAACUGUUUAAGGUGUGUGUUUAUCUCCCCUCUAGUUCAGGGGUGUCAAACUCGUUUCAUAGAGGGCCGAGUGUCUGCGGGUAUUUGUUCUUUCCUUUCAAUUUGUAUCCAAUUAAGACGUAGACAACCAGAUGAGGGGACUUCCUAACUAAUCAUUGACCUUAAUUGAUCAAUCUAGUACAUGGGAGGAGCAAAAACCCGUAGACACUCAGCCCUCCGUGGAAUGAGUUUGACACCCCUGCUCUAGCUGAUUCCAUCGCUGGAGCAGCUGUUACAACGUUUGUUUGUUUGUGUGCGUGUCAGACUCUAUAGACAUGGGAUCGAUGGAGCACCUCCUACACAACGUGUGUCUGCUGCUGACGUCUCGGACCAGGGAGAUUGUCAAAGCAGCGCUCAGCUUCAUCAAGGUCAUCCUCUUCGUCAUGGACCCCAAGACGCUGGCUGGACACGCCACUGUGAUGGUAGGGUUGUGUGCGUGCGGUUUAUGUUGGGUCUCUGUGUAGCAGAAAACCGCUUACGCUGAAGUUGGUUUUCAAAACUUUGCGUGAACACGGUUGUAUGUCUCUCUCAGAUGGAGGGUGUUGGGAACAUCAAGGAUGACGUUAGAAGACACUUCAGGACGAAGUUGAAAAACAUUUUCACCAAGUUCAUCAGGAAGUUUGGGUAAGUUUAGGCUACAUAUUUGACUUCAACACUUUUCACUCUGGAGUUUGCUUGUUAGAUGAUUAGCCUUAUGUGGAUCUGAGUUGAAUAGUGGCGUGCUGUAGCUGUUUAUAUUAAUACCCACAUGGCGGUAAUGGACAGUGAAAUACAUGGAUAUUAUACAUACAGGUAACUGCCUAAAUAAAGGAAACGCCAACAUAAAGUGUCUUAAUAGGGCGUUGGGCCACCACGAGCCAGAACAGCUUCAAUGCACCUUGGUAUAGAUUCUACAAGUGUCUGGAACUCGAUUGGAGGGAUGCAACACCAUUCUUUUACGAGAAAUUCUAUAUUUUUGUUGAUGGAAACCGCUGUCUCAGGCGCCGCUCCAGGAUCUCCCAUAAGUGUUCAAUUGGGUUGAUAUCUGGUGACUGAGACGGCAUAGCAUUAGCGUUGUCAAGUUACCAGAAUUUUGACUUUGAUACCAGGUUUAGUAUCACGAUUCUCGAUACCAAAACGAUACCACGGCAAAAAAGGCAUAUUAGCCAAAGUUACAGAAUGGCACUUGAUCCAGACAGAUAAACUCAGCUGCGGCUCUGUUCAAUCGUUGGACAUCUUUUGAGGUCAAUAUCAUUACUUUUGAAAUGUUUUACGUCAACAUUUUUCAAGAGACAGCCAUGUAUGCAUUAAUGAAUCAAUUAUACAAUCAAUUUGACUGUUUUUAUCAAUCUUAACUAAAUAACAUAAUUGUAAUCGUUUAUUUGAAUAGUCCUAUUCAAUUAUCAACGCAAUAGGCUAAUAAAUAGCCUAAUGCAUGGCUGCAUUUAUUCCAGACAGAUUUAGUUGGAGGUAGGCUAAUUCGCUUGCCCCAUAUAUUGCGUCACUUUCGAGAGGAGGAAAACUUUUCUCUCCCGAGACUUAUGCCACAACAUAUGUACAAUCAAAAUAAACGAUCUACAUUUGUCAUUUUAAUUUCUAAUGAUCUGUCGCUCGGUAAACAUGCCUGGGCGAGAAUAAAUAAUAAUAGCAAGCAAGCAUGGCCUUGGGUCGUCAGCACAAGCAUGGCCUUGGGUCGUUCUAAUCUAGACGUCUGAUCUGCCACUAAAUGUCCAAUCAGGCUAAAGUCGUGCUUCAAAUGGCCCCGCCCCUUUUGGUGCGAUUUCAGUCAGGUUGAAAAUCGCCCCAGAAGUAUCUCGUAGACUCUCAUGUUAAAAUCUAUUUUUUUCAAAUAUCAGAGCUUUCAAUACAAUCUCUAUGGGUUUCUGAGGGCUUGCACUUACGCGCUUUCGUCAUACGUAACAUAACCAUGAACGUAACUAAGAAAAGAGCGGGUAGCAGCGUCAAUCAAUUCACGUACUACUAUCAAGAUGGCUAGCGUUCAGUGCAACUCGAUUGUCUCUUUGAAAGAAGUUCACAUCAAAGACCAUUCAAAACGAGCUACUGGAGUGUAUGCUAGCGGUCAUGAGGGAACAUAUUGUGGAGGAGGUGAAGUCGGCGAACUUCGUAGCUAUCCAAGCUGACGAGACCACGGACGUUUCUACACAGACACAGCUGGUGCUUGUGCUGAGGUACAUAGAUAGCAACCACAAAGUGCAGGAGCGCUUUUUUGAGUUCCUUCCCAUCUCGGAAUCAACCUCAGUCUCAAUCGCCAGUGUGCUUUUGGAGAGACUGAACGGUCUUUUUGCCAACGACGAGAAAGUCAAACUGUGGUGCACUGGCACUGUACCAGGUUCUCAUGAGCUACAACCUCCAGGAGACGUUCUCUGAGACUGUGACUCUGUUGAACAUCCUCAUAACUACUCCCAUGACAACAGCUGAAGCUGAGAGAUGUUUCUCAACUUUGACACGAGUUAAGACAUUCCUGCGAAAUUCAAUGGGCCAGGAACGUCUGAAUGCACUGGCCAUGCUUUCCAUGGAGAGGGAACUAGUCCUCAGCAUGCCUGAUUUCAAUGAGAAAGUCAUUGACCGCUUUGCUGCAUUGAAAGAGAGAAGAGAACAGUUUCAGUACAAGUAAUGUAGCCUCUCUCUCUCUUUGUCCCUCCCUGUCUGUCUCUUUAACACACACACGCCCAAAUCAGUUCACAGUUGAUGUUGUUUAAAAUAGUUAUUUUUCAUUUUUUCAUGUUCAUUUUUACAAAUCUAUACAAUUGGCCAGAAUAUGGUUGUUCAUAUUUACAAAUCUAUACAAUUGGCCAGAAUAUGGUUGUUCAUUUUUACAAAGCCAUACAGAUAGCUGUGUUUACCUUUUCUAUAAAUUAUUUUCAAAUUCUGUUUUCAGGCAAAAUGUCUAUCACUGUUCAUUUUCACAAAUCUAUACAAGAGGGCAGAAUAUGGAAGUCUAUAAAAAUUUCUUAUUACCAAUAACUUGCAUCAAUGUUUUCAGUAGCCUCUAUCAAAAGCUCCUGCUUGCUUGUUGUGAAUUAUGCUCAGGUGCACAUAUUUCCAAUUCAACCAUGAUGCAAAAAAUGUGGUAAAAGCUCUUGUUGAUCCUGCAAUCUGAACAAAUACCAAGAUGCUGUAUUUUCAGCUGAUAUUUCAUUUGUUUAUGGAAAUGCAUAUUGUUUAUGCAGUGUUGAGGAAUGUGAAAGAACACCAUUGAUUAUUUUUACUGUGAUAACUUAUUUUGCUUUUGUAAGCCAACACUUUUGAGAUCAGUCAAUAAAUGCUUCUGGCAUUGACUUAUAUGCUGCCCCUGUCUUCAUGUUGUUGCUGGACAUAUCUUUUUAAAAUGUGUGUAGGUCACCUAAAUCAUCAGAAAAAUUGCCCCCCCUGAGAAUUUUUUCAGGAGCCGCCACUGGUCGUCAGCAAUUGAAUAAUUAUAACGACAGACAACGUAGGCCUCUAAACAAUGCCAAGUAGACAGACAAAAACAACCAUAUGACCUCAGCAAAGUCGACAGGAAAUAACUAGAUUGAACAACAAUGACUAGCUACGGAUUCUGAUUGAUACACGAGAUUUGGAGAAGGGGAGAUUUGUGCCCUGAGACGAGUGACUGAGUGAAACAGCAGCGCAUAUGUCUGUCUGGGGAAAUGAGAGCAGAGCGGCUUGUUCUAAUCCAAUCGUUGCAGCAGGCUCAACCGAUACCCCACCCCAUUCCUUUACAGACAGAAGAACUAGCCAAUACUUUUUUAGAGCACACAUCGCUUCACGCUGAGUGAAAGAGAUGCGGAUUACUUUUUUCGGAUCACAAAAUUACAAAACAUACUCGGGUCAUAAUCGUAUUCGGAAAAUGUUCCAUAUAUUCGGAAAAUUGGCCCUAAUAAUUACAUAAUUCCCAAGGCAAGGGGGUGGAGACCCAUGAGACCUACUCUCUCUCACACACACACACACAGUCAUUUUGCUGAGGCAGUAGAUAAUCUUUGGGAGAGACGAGAGAGAGACCGAUUUUUUUUAAUUUAAUGAAUAAAGUUUUUGUGGCAAUCAGCUUUGAAAUCAGCAUAUUUUGCGUUGGGUUUCACAAAGUACUAGGAGAGUGAAUUGAUGUUAGCUUCAGCUGUAAGCUAGCAAGGAAAGUUAGCCUACAAAGCUGGAAGCUGUCGGUAUCAUCUUGUAUUGUAAAGGCAUUGUUUUGCUAACAGUAAAUAACAGUUUCAACAUUUCUACAUGCCGUGUCGCAUUAUUCAAGUGUGUUAACUUCUGUGCAGCAUGAGUGGAGAGCAGUGGCGGCUCCUGAAAAAAUUCUCAGGAGGGGCAAUUUUUCUGAUGAUUUAGGUGACCUACACACAUUUUUAAAAAGAUAUGUCCAGCAACAACAUGAAGACAGGGGCAGCAUAUAAGUCAAUACCAGAAGCAUUUAUUGACUGAUCUCAAAAGUGUUGGCUUACAAAAGCAAAAUAAGUUAUCACAGUAAAAAUAAUCAAGGGUGUUCUUUCACAUUCCUCAACACUGCAUAAACAAUAUGUAUGGCUUUGUAAAAAUGAACAACCAUAUUCUGGCCAAUUGUAUAGAUUUGUAAAUAUGAACAACCAUAUUCUGGCCAAUUGUAUAGAUUUGUAAAAAUGAACAUGAACAGAUUUUUAUUUUUUUGAAUGGCAGUACCUUUCAAACAUGUCUGCUUGCAGUAAGGUAGCACUCACAAGGUGGCCAGAGAAAGAGAACCUUUCUUUGGUGUGAUCCAGGAUGGUGUUGCAGACCUCUUCAGACAGCCUCUGCUUCUCCUCUUCUCUCAAAGCUGUUCUGGGUCUUUUGGCUCCUGUUGCUUCUUGCAGCUGCUGUUGAGAGGAGUCCCUGAAGGCAAACAGACCAAUGUGUUUGUUGGCUUUGUACAGUAUUGUUGUCUAUGUGAUGCACAGGUAUAUGCAAUGUAUCCAUGUAUAGUACAAAUACUUCAGUUCCACUUAAAAUGGGCAGGGAUGCAUAAAGUCUUUAGUGUUUAAGUUAGCCUUUGUGUCUCACAUAGCCUGGAUGUUCAGCACAGUAUACAGUGGUGCUCAUAAGCUUAUGAUCCCAUGCUAAAGUUGACUAAAAAGAGGAAUAAAAAAGAAAAGAAAAUUGGUGUCCUUAAAGGUUGGAUUUUCCAACUUUUUUAAUUAAGUCAUUAAGAUCAAUUUCCAAAAGAUGAUUUUUUUAUUUUUUUAUUCCUCUUUUUAGUCAGCUUUAGAAUGUGUUCAUACACUUAUGAGCACCACUGUACAGUACACAUAGUAUAUAAAAUAAGAUAGAUUACACCACUGGCCAUAUAUAAUGACAAUAAUGUAAUUUCAAACACAAAUGCAGUCUCCUUUCAUGCAUACAUUUUCAAAUAAAGCUCUGCUUUGAGAAAGAUCGAAUGAUAUUGUUUAAUCUUUAUCUUACCUUAUGGCCUGCACACUGCUUGCGAAGCUGUCGAGGGCACGUUUGAUAAAGACAGCAUCAAUGUCCUUAUUCUGUAGCUUCUGGUACGGUGGGCUGGUCAAAUGAACCCAAUGAACCCGUCCGGAUGGCUUCAAAACAUUCUAUGAGGUCGUCUCGAUUCUCGUAGACAGUGUUCACGACUCUGCUGUUGCUAACCUCAUCGUUGUGGCGGCGGACAGCUAGCCUGUAUCCCUCAUCCAGUUGAGUGGCAAUAUUCACUCUCACCAAAGCAGACAAUCUCAAACAGCUAUCAAUGUGGGUCUUUGACAGCUCAUUUUUCUUAAUCUUUUCUGAAAGAUGGUGCAUGUCGGUUACACCAGUCGCUGUCCAAGCGUUGCUGUCUGCCGUUCAUGGUUACGUUACGUAUGACGAAAGCGCGUAAGUGCAAGCCCUCAGACACCCAUAGAGAAUGUAUUGAAAGCUCAGAAAUUUGAAAAAAAAUUUUUUUACAUUAGAGGCUAUGAGAGACUUCUGGGCGAUUUUCAACCUGACUGAAAUCGCCCCAAAACGGGCGGGGACAUUUGAAGCACGACUUUAGCCUGAUUGGACAUUUAGUGGCUGGCAGAUCAGACGUGAACACUGAACUACUGUUGCCAUGAUAUAAUUGAUUAGAAAAAAAAUCCCUUCCUUUUCCCGUUUGGCAGUGCGUCGCCCAUAUCGCCCUAUUGAACACACCGCCCAUGGUGGAGAGCUAACAUGAUGCAUCCCAGACUCCCAGUACAGGCUAGCAAUGAGUAAGUGGAGCAGGUACGGUGCGCACCUCGUGCUGUAAGGGGGACAUCUGCUGCACCGAUACAGACUUGAUCCGUGAGACACAUUUGACAGAAGUACCGGAAGUAACACAUUCUAGUACCGAACAUUUUCAGUAUUGAAAAAGUAAAGAAGUUUCAGUAUACCGUGCAAUACUACAUGGCAUAUGGUUUUCAUGCUCAUCAAACCAUUGUGACCACUCGUGCCCUGUGGAUUGGGGCAUUGUCAUCCUAUGGGGGCAUAGCCAUCCUAUGGGGGCAUAGCCAUGGUAGGCAAAAUACUGACCCUAAGCAUAACAUCCCUAGAGUUGAUUGACGCGCUAGCGCAUCACGUCAUGUUGACUAGCUCCCUGAGUGUUUUAAGCUAGAAAUGUACCGUCUUUCCGCCGAUAUAACGGUUGCGCCUAUUCCAUGGAGCUUGUGAAAGCGGUGUUUUCUACACGAGAGGAUCUUGACAAGAAAAUCGUCACGAAAUCAUCUGCAAAACCUGAGCUAGCGCUCUCUUGUUUUGCUCUAAGACCCACACGCUUCAGGGGAGUCGUUGUAAGGUAACCCAGUACUGCACUGUAAAAAUGGCACAAGUGAAAUAAGGUGUAAGAGAUGCCAUAACCAAAGUGACUAAAUAUGGGUCCAAAAAAUACAAUAAAACAGACACUUAAAAAUCGUAUUCCUUAUAAUAUAUUUGCCAUUUAUGAAUGUUAUUCAAUGCGUUUCUAUGGGCUAUAGCAGUAAAGGCCAAAUAUUAUUUUUAAAUCACGUUUUUAUAUAUAUUUUUUAUACCUACAAGGGGUUCUAAAAUUCCUAAUCAACUGGCUAAAUGAUCCAUGGUAUGACCAUCUUAAAACAAUUCCAUAUGUUACCUAGAUAUUGCGAACCAAGGGUGUAGACUGAUAGGGCUUAACUCAGGAACCACACCUGCUUUCAAUAUACACUGAACAAAAAUAUAAACGCUACAUGUAAAGUGUUGGUUCCAUGUUUCAUGAGCUGAAAUAAAAGAUCCCAGAAAUGUUCCAUACGUACAAAAGGCUUAUUUCUCUCAAAUUUUGUGCACAUUUGUUUAUAUCCCUGUUAGUGAGCGUUUCUCUUUUGCUAAGAUAAUCCAUCCAUUUGACAGGUGUGGCAUAGCAUGAAGCUGAUUUAAACAGCAUGAUCAUUACACAGGUGCACCUUGUGCUGGGGACAAUAAAAGGCCACUCUAAAAUGUGCUGUUUUGUCACACAACGCCACAGGUGUCUGAAGUUUUGAGGGAGCGUGCAAUUGGCAUGCUGACUGCAGGAAUGCCCACCAGAGCUGUUGCCAGAUAAUUGAAUUUGAAUUUCUCUACCAUAAGCUGCCUCCAACGUCGUUUUAGAGAAUUUGGCAGUACGUCCAACCAGCCUCACAACCGUAGACCACAUGUAACCACGCCAGCCCAGGACCUCCACAUCCGGCUUCUUCACUUGCUGGAUCGUCUGAGACCAGCCACCUGGGCAGCUGAUGAAACUGUGGGUUUGCACAACCAAAUAAUUUCUGCACAAACUUUCAGAAACCGUCUCAGGGAAGCUCAUCUACGUGCUCGUCGUCCUCACCAGGGUCUUGACCUGACUGCAGUUCGGCGUCGUAUCCAACUUUGGGAAAUCCCGGUUUCAACUGUACCGGGCAGAUUGCAUCGUGUGGGCGAGUGGUUUGCUGAUGUCAAUGUUGUGAACAGAGUGCCCCAUGGUGGCGGUGGGGUUAUGAAAUGGGCAAGCAUAAGCUACGGACAAUGAACACAAUUGCAUUUGAUCUAUGGCAAUUUGAAUGUGACGGGCCAUUGUUGUGCCAUUCAUCUGCCUCAUCGUGUUUCAGCAUGAUAAUGCACGGUUCCAUGUCGCAAGAAUCUAUACACAAUUCCUGGAAGCUGAAAAUAUCAAAUUUCUUCCAUGGCUUGCAUACUCACUAGACAUAUCACCCAUUGAGCACGUUUGGGAUGCUCUGGAUCGACGUGUAUGACAGCGUGUUCCAGUUCCCGCCAAUAUCCAGUAACUUCGCACAGCCAUUGAAGAGGAGUGGGACAACAAUUCACAGGCCACAAUCAACAGCCUGAUCAACUCUAUGUGAAGGAGAUGUCGCGCUGCAUGAGGCAGAUGGUGGUCACACCUGAUACUGACUGGUUUUCUGAUCUAUGCCCCUACCUUUUUUAAAAAGGUAUCUGACCAACAGAUGCAUAUCUGUAUUCCUAGUCAUGUGAAAUACAUUGAUUAGGGCCUAAUGAAUGUAUUUCUAUUGACCGAUUUCCUUAUAUGAACUGUAACUCUGUAUAAUUGUUGCAUGUUGCGUUUUAUUUUUGUUCAGUGUACUUUGUAUUCCCUCAUUUACUCAAGUGUUUCUAUUAUUUUGGCAGCUACCUGUACAUGAUAAAACAUUCAAGUUUAAAAAAAGCAAGUGAAAUCCAUGACGAUAUGUACGUUUAGGGUAAUGUACAUUGUGUCCCUGUGUGUAGGUUUGAGUUGGUGAAAAGCAAGCUGCCUGCGGAGCAUCAUAAGGUGUUGGUGAACAUCCGUAAGGCUGAGGCCAGAACCAAGAGAUCAAGACUGGCUGACGAAGACCAUGACGACUCAGACAGCGGGGAUGAAAAGCCUAAAGCCAGGGGAGAGAGGUAUACACACGCUGCACUACUGUUGACAUAAUACACAUCUCACCAUUAGAUUUGUGACUUUCUCUUAUCCUUUCUGUUUCCCUCCCUUAGUAUUGAGGAGAUCUUGGCCGAGUCAGACUCUGACAUGUCAGAUGACGAAAGGCCUAAGGGCGCUAAGAACCAGAAGAAGCCCACAAAGCAGAAGGGGCGGGCCUGGCUGAAGGAGGGACAGGGAGACGAACCACUCAACUUCCUGGAUCCCACUGUCUCCCAGAGGGUCUUGGGUAGUGGAGCCUUCACUCUCAACUUUGUGUUGUUGAAACUAUGGCUGUUUCAUUCCAGGGAGCUUUAUCCCUUCCCUUCGGUGGUCAUUCAGAUCAAUAUGAAAUGUCUAGAACGAUUGCUUACAUCCAUCCAGUUGUCUCCGAUCAGCAAAGGGAAGUGAACGGAUUGUCUGGAAUGAAAUACGACUAAUGUUGAUCUAGAUUGAUACCUAGAUUGUUUAUUAGGGCAUGCAACGGAAAAUCUUUUAAACAUUCUGCGAUUUGAAAAUGAAAAUGAAAAUGAGAAAUUCUUAUUGGACAAUUCAAGGUAAUCUCUCCCAGUUUCAGUCAGUUUUCUUCCUUUUGGUGCCUAAUGAACAUGACCCAUGGUUUUUGGUGGGCAAGGUGAUUGUUUUUUUUGGAGAGUAUGUAUUGACCUGGGAGUUUUUGUGUUUCAGCCACCAACCCAGACAUGAAGAAGAGGGCAAAAGUUCAGCACGGCUUCAAGGUCACGUCAGACGGAAGACUCAUCAUCAGAGAGGACGAUGACGAGGGAGACAAGACUAAAGGUAGUAGGACACGCACAGACACCAAAACUCACUCUUCGUUAUGGGAGGAGAGAGAAGUUAACUGAACUUCCCUUCAACCACAUUUAUUCCAUCUCUACAACUAAUUAAAAGAAAAUGAAUACUUUAUCAUCCAUUUUGUGGGAAUGGAAAUUAUUAUUUUGCCUUUCACCCACAUUACUCCAUCUCUACAUCUAGUAAUAAUCUAUCAUAACCACUGAUCGGAAGUGAGUCUCCUGCUUCUGCUUGCCCUUUGGGGUCCAGGUUGGGUUACUGUAAAGCACAAAUGAUGAUGUGAAAAGGGCUUUAUAAAUACAUCAGCGGCUUUAUAAAUACAUGAAUCAAUAAAACAACAUUUUAUUUGAUUGAUAUUAAAGCAGUAUGUCUCUUUCUUCCCCUACAGAUGAUGAGGGAGAGAUGAAAGACAUUCUGGAGGAGGCUGGAGUCAAGAGUGUGAGUAUCCAUCAGCGUUGCCUACUGAUUUUCCACGUUACCAUGGGAUCUGUGCUGACUGUGGCGACUUCCUUUCCUAGGCGUGGUACACUACUUCCUCAUGUCCCGAAUAGUCCGCAGAAAGUUCCUUUCAUGCUGUAGCAUCGGGACAAUAUGCACAAACACUCGUGAAACUGCCGUCAUUGGAGGGAUUACAACCCGUUUCAUUACACCCCAACCUGUUAAAUGCGCCAAUCCUAACUUCCACUCAAGUCACAUUUUCACUUGGGCUGCAUUUACACAGGCAAAAUAAUUCUGAUCUUUUGCCACUUAAUUGUUCUUUUGCUACUAAUUGGGCAAAAGAUCAGAAUUGGGCUGCCUGUGUAAACGCAGCCCAAGUCUCCCAUUGACAUCAGUAAGUUAGGAUAAAAUUAGAAUACAUUUAGGAUUCGCCACAAAAUGAAUAUCAUUGCGUAAAAAGUUGCCUGCUGAGGUUACUGACACAAGGGUGGGAAGAGUACUGAAAUAUCCUACAUACAGUGGAGAAAAAGUAUUUAGUCAGCCACCAAUUGUGCAAGUUCUCCCACUUAAAAAGAUGAGAGAGGCCUGUAAUUUUCAUCAUAGGUACACGUCAACUAUGACAGACAAAUUGAGAGAGAAAAAAUCUAGAAAAUCACAUUGUAGGAUUUGUAAAGAAUUUAUUUGCAAAUUAUGGUGGAAAAUAAGUAUUUGGUCACCUACAAACAAGCAAGAUUUCUGGCUCUCACAGACCUGCAACUUCUUCUUUAAGAGGCUCCUCUGUCCUCCACUCGUUACCUGUAUUAAUGGCACCUGUUUGAACUUGUUAUCAGUAUAAAAGACACCUGUCCAUAACCUCAAACAGUCACACUCCAAACUCCACUAUGGCCAAGACCAAAGAGCUGUCAAAGGACACCAGAAACAAAAUUGUAGACCUGCACCAGGCUGGGAAGACUGCAUCUGCAAUAGGUAAGCAGCUUGGUUUGAAGAAAUCAACUGUGGGAGCAAUUAUUAGGAAAUGGAAGACAUACAAGACCACUGAUAAUCUCCCCCGAUCCGCAAGAUCUCACCCCGUGGGGUCAAAAUGAUCACAAGAACGGUGAGCAAAAAUCCCAGAACCACAUGGGGGGACCUAGUGAAUGACCUGCAGAGAGCUGGGACCAAAGUAACAAAGCCUACCAUCAGUAACACACUACGCCGCCAGGGACUCAAAUCCUGCAGUGCCAGACGUGUCCCCCUGCUUAAGCCAGUACAUGUCCAGGCUCGUCUGAAGUUUGCUAGAGUGCAUUUGGAUGAUCCAGAAGAGGAUUGGGAGAAUGUCAUAUGGUCAGAUGAAACCAAAAUAUAACUUUUUGGUAAAAACUCAACUCGUCGUGUUUGGAGGACAAAGAAUGCUGAGUUGCAUCCAAAGAACACCAUACUGUGAAGCAUGGGGGUGGAAACAUCAUGCUUUGGGGCUGUUUUUCUGCAAAGGGACCAGGACGACUGAUCCGUGUAAAGGAAAGAAUGGGGCCAUGUAUCGUGAGAUUUUGAUUGAAAACCUCCUUCCAUCAGCAAGGGCAUUGAAGAUGAAACAUGGCUGGGUCUUUCAGCAUGACAAUGAUCCCAAACACACCGCCCGGGCAACGAAGGAGUGGCUUCGUAAGAAGCAUUUCAAGGUCCUGGAGUGGCCUAGCCAGUCUCCAGAUCUCAACCCCAUAGAAAAUCUUUGGAGGGAGUUGAAAGUCCGUGUUGCCCAGCGACAGCCCCAAAACAUCACUGCUCUAGAGGAGAUCUGCAUGGAGGAAUGGGCCAAAAUACCAGCAACAGUGUGUGAAAACAUUGUGAAGACUUACAGAAAACGUUUGACCUGUGUCAUUGCCAACAAAGGGUAUAUAACAAAGUAUUGAGAAACUUUUGUUAUUGACCAAAUACUUAUUUUCCACCAUAAUUUGCAAAUAAAUUCAUUAAAAAUCCUACAAUGUGAUUUUCUGCCUUUUUUUUCUCAUUUUGUCUGUCAUAGUUGACGUGUACCUAUGAUGAAAAUUACAGGCCUCUCAUCUUUUAAGUGGGAGAACUUGCACAAUUGGUGGCUGACUAAAUACUGUUUAAUGAAAUUUUACUGAAGUAAAGUCAAAUUACUGGUGUAAAAAAAAGCAUUAAAAGUAAUUGGGUUAUUAAAAAUAAAAAGAUUGACCUUGAUAAUUAGUUAAUUUCACUAAGAUUACCUGAAAGUUGUUACACAUGAUAUUUUCCAUGCAUUAAAGGUAGAGGAAAUGAAUGUACAGUAGGAACUAAGUUCAUUUAUUUUAUCAGUUGCAACGAGGCACAGCUGUAUGCAAAAAAAUUAAAUAAAAAGGAUUUGUAAAAUAUACUACCGGUGUUAACAUUUUGAAAAUAAAUGUAAGCAAUUACAAUGUAUUGCUAAAAAAAUAAACUAGACAAAAUAAAGUGCAUAAACAAUGUUGCCAGACUUCAAUAUACUUCAGAAAUAAACAAUUGUAAUUCCUUCAACCUUCAAUCCCUCAUUCACCCCUACUUUUUCUUUCAUGGAACUGGCUGACAUUCACUCCAUCACCCAUUUACACUCUUACACUCACUCACAAGCUCCCUCUUUCACUCACUCACCAGGGGUGGAAAGAGUACUGAAAUAUCCCACUCAAGUAGAAGAACUGUUACUGACUUUGGAAAAUACUCAAGUAAAAGUACUCGUAAAAGCUACUCUUAACAGUAAGAGUAUUUGAAAUGAGUUACUUCCUACCUCUGCUGACACAACUUCUGAAACCUCUGAACUCUCUCCCCAUCUUUCUCUCUCUCUCUCAGAUAAAGACUAAGAAGAGGACAUUCCAGCAUGGUCACUACGAGGAUGACAUGGAGAUCGAACCCCAGCUGAAAUACAAAGGUAAAGCCAACUAUACGUCUGUCUCUAUUUGUCAGUUGGUGUCCGUGUGUUCUGGUUGCUGGUCUGUCAUCUCAUGUAUGUAUGUAUGUAUUCAUGUGAGUUUCUUUCUUUCAGCUGGAGGCUCGGGGAUCCACAGACCUCUGGGUGGGAGCAGAGACCUGGGGGGAGACUACAAGGCCAAGGUGACACGCACACAGGCAGAAGGGAUGAUUUCAAACUGGGACUAUUGGUCAGCUCUUUGUUGAAUCUUCACAAGGCUAAAGUGUGUGUUUUUGUGAUUUCUCCAGAAGGGUAAAGGAGAUGUGAAGAGGAAAGGAAAGGUUGAUCCAUAUGCCUACAUCCCUCUGAGGAAAGCACAGCUCAACCGCAGGUAAAAACAGCAAUGAACUAGUAAUACACAUAGUAAUAAUUGUAGUAGGAGUUGUAAUGGUGAAAGCUUAACCCUUUGUUGACCGUGUGUGUGUGUGUGUGUGUAUGUAGGAAGAAAGCGAAGAUGCAGGGCCAGUUUAAGGGCAUGGUGAGAGGGGCCCAGAAGGGAGCGCAGUCUGGGAAGAGGAUGCAAAGGAACAAGCGGAGGGCCUGAAAAGUUAACAUGCAUGUUCUCUCCAACUGUUGAAUGUGUGUCCUUCUGCCUGUUGUCCAAGAGGGUCUGUGCAUAGAAAUAUCAUUAAAGCUAAUUCUAUGGGUCUGAGUCUAUGCAGUUUAUUGCUCAGGCAUACCCCCCUGAACAAGCAGACCAUGAAUGUCUGCGAGAAACAGAACGUGGGAGAAGGAAUGAGAAGAGGUCUUCAAAUAGAUCUGUAGAUUAUUUUUGCUUGCCGGAUACAAUCAGGCCUACACAUGAAAUUUAAACUUUAUAGGCAUGUUCAAUCUAUCAAAUAUAACGAGUGACAUACUCAAUCCAAAUGUUUACAGAUGGUUAAACAUCUAUUAAAUGUAUUUAUGUACCCUACUUUAAAGGAUGGAAGAAAAAUGUUGAUAGUGUGAAAAUUAAUGGCUUGUUAUUGCUCUGUUUGACCGCUAGAUGGUGAUCUAGAUUGCAGUUAAAUAUGAACAAUAGGAGUUGGUUAAAAUUCAUAUUGCAGCACAUGUAAUACAAUUCGGAUUACUGUUUGAAUGUAUUAAACUAUUAUUGUUUCAACAUCAGA